CCUGCUCGCUCGGAGACCUGCGGUGCGGAGAGCUACGGAUCAGCCAAAGGGAUCCAACCCUGCUCCUUGUGACAGCCAUGAAGAGAAGGACCUUUCUCAUCCUCUCCCUCACGGGGUUCUACAGUGCAGUUCUCCACACAGCAGCAUGGUCUGUGAAUAACUUCCUGAUGACAGGACCUAAGGCUUACCUGACGUACUCCAGCAGCGUGGCAGCCGGGGCACACAGUGGGAUGGAGGAGUGCAAGUUCCAGUUCGGGUGGGAGCGCUGGAACUGCCCCGAGAGCGCCCUGCAGCUCUCCACACACAACCGGCUCCGCAGCGCGACCCGGGAAACAUCCUUUGUACACGCCAUCAGCUCAGCUGGUGUCAUGUACACCCUCACCAGGAACUGCAGCCUGGGGGACUUUGAGAGCUGCGGCUGUGACGACUCCAGGAACGGCCGUGUGGGUGGCCGAGGCUGGGUCUGGGGAGGAUGCAGCGACAACGUGGAGUUUGGGGAGAAGGUUUCCAAGCUCUUUGUGGAUGCCUUGGAAACAGGACACGACACCCGCGCGCUGAUCAACCUGCACAACAACGAAGUCGGGAGAUUUGCGGUGAAAGACACGAUGAAACGAGCCUGCAAGUGCCACGGGGUGUCGGGCAGCUGCAGCAUCCAGACCUGCUGGCUCCAGCUCGCCGAGUUCCGCGAGAUCGGGAACUACCUGAAGAUAAAGUACGACCAGGCCCACAAGCUGGAGAUGGACAAGCGGCGGGUGAGGGCCGGCAACAGCGCCGACAGCCGCGGCGCCACGGCACAGGCCUUCCACCACGUCCACGCCACGGAGCUCGUCUUCCUGGAGGACUCCCCCGACUACUGCACGAGGAACGCCAGCCUGGGCCACCACGGCACCGAGGGCCGCGAGUGCCUGCAGACCGGCAAGAACCUCUCCCAGUGGGAGAAGAGGAGCUGCCGGCGGCUCUGCACCGAGUGCGGGCUGCGGGUGGAGGAGCGGAGGACGGAGGUGGUGUCCAGCUGCAACUGCAAGUUCCACUGGUGCUGCACCGUGCGCUGCGAGCAGUGCCGGACGCUGGUGGCCAAGCACUUCUGCACCCGCCGCGACGGCGCCGCCGCCCCCAACCACAUCAGGCAGAGGAACAGGGGCCACAAGAGAUAAGGGGCGGCCACGGCACCC